AUGAACUUGAGCGACCACGGAUUCGGUACCCAAGGUAACGCUGCGGGGGCUGCGGGUAGUGGAAAUCAGCCGCAGCGGCGUGCGCACCCGAUCCGCCCCGUGACGAUCAAACAACUGCUGGGCGCGCAGCGUGUGGGCGACGGCGUGAUGGUCGUCGACGGCCGCGAGAUCACGCAGGCGGCGGUGGUCGGCCGUGUUGUUGGGUACGAGGACGACUCCACCGGCCGCGUCGCUGGCGCCGUGACCGCGAAGCACUACGGCUACCGCAUCAGCGACGGCACCGGCAUUGUUGUGGUGCGGCAGUGGAUGACGGCCGAGCACGAGGAGGCGCCGCUGCCGCUGCAGUGUUUUGUGCGGGCAGGCGGCACUGUGAAGGUGUGGCAGGAUGCCAUCAUCGUCACCGGCACGGUGCGGCUGGUCUCGGACUGCAAUGAACUGAACUAUCACUAUUUGGAUGCCAUUCUCACACACCUGCGCCUCACACAGGGUAAUCGGCAUGCAAAGACAGAGGCAGCGACGCCAGCAGUGAGUAAUACGGCAAGUGCAGUCGGUGGACAGAAUAUACUCCCCGGUGGGGAUACUAAAGUGUACGCCACAACGGUGUUGCUGAACGCUAUUAAACAAAAUGCAAGGGGAGAUGAGGGACUCUCAAUGGAUGAACUCACCGCCGUAGCAAAGAAAUACGGGUUUAGUGGUAGCGACGUCCGCGCGGCGCUGCGGAGCCUGGCAGCGGAGGGAAGUGUCUACCAAACACACGACAACCGGUUUAAUGUGUAA